GCAACGAUUCGAUGAUACAAUUAUUAGGGCUCGCUUCUGGAGUAAGUCAGCAAAUGUAUAAUACAAAUGCCUACUAGCGGUACUGUCAAUAUAUGAAUGAAAGUGUAUCAGAAAUCCCUAUUGCUACAAUACCUGGAGCAUCCUCACAUCCAUCAUGCAUGUCGGAGAGUCCCCGAUUCUUGCAAUGAUAUUGUUGUCCUCAGCGACUUUUUACACCCUCGAUCAUGCUGUUGGACUAGGAAAAGUGCGCCAAAAGGGUGCGCCAGGUGAACGAUUGGUCGCAACUGAUAGUCCAUAUGAAGCCGUCUCGCUUUCUCCAGAAGACUCGCCGGGAAAGUCUGAGGCAGCCUUCGAUAGUGAUGUAAAGGACGGAUUUGUAAAGAUCUUCGUUCGCCUUGAUACAAAGCUCAACUUCAAGGCCCCACCAUGAACUGUCAAUGGACGUGGUUGCACUGUUACAGCGCAGUGCAAUAUUAUAGAAAAGGCUC